UGAGUUGUGUUCUGAAACGCACACUAGUGAGGAGAUUAGGAAAGAAGUUGAUCGUAGUUGUUCUUAUAUCUUCUACAAUGCCUCCUGUUCCCGUUGUUAAUUCUGAUAUUGGUGAGAAGCUUGCCAACGAAUCGACCUCGAGCGAGAGCUUAGACCAGUCGAAUUCCCUCGAUAAGACUAAAGAGCCUUUCUUGGAGGAAGAGAAUGGCGAACAGAGAAUUGCACUGAGAAAGAAUGUCUCUCUUAUCAAUGGAGUGGGCCUUAUUGUAGGCACAGUGAUCGGUUCUGGUAUUUUUGUAUCGCCAACAAGUAUCCUCGUGGAAACAAAUUCGAUCGGUGCUUCUCUCCUGAUUUGGCUCGGAUGUGGUUUGCUAGCUUUGUUCGGAAGCUUGUGUUACGCCGAGUUGGGAACUUGUAUAAAGAAAUCCGGUGGUGAAUAUUCCUAUCUUAUGGAGGCAUUUGGUAGGAUCCCUGCUUACUUGUUCGCCUGGACCUCUGUGUUAAUUAUACGGCCGGCAUCAGGAGCCAUAAUCGCUCUCACUUUUGCUGAAUACGUCUCGAAGCCAUUUUACCCAGAUUGUGAAGCCCCGGCGUACCUCAUGAAGCUUUUGGCCUGUUCUUGUCUUGUGAUCCUCUUGGUUAUAAACUGCUGGAGUGUAAAAUGGGCUGUAAGGAUACAGGACAUCUUCACAUAUGCCAAGCUUCUUUGUAUUGUAAUGAUCACAAUCAUUGGAUUUGUAGAACUGGGAAAAGGAAAGACAGAGAGCUUUAAAAACAGCUUUGAAGGCUCCACAACAAAUAUUGGAAAGAUUGGUAUGGCCUUCUACUUGGGUCUGUGGGCGUACGAUGGAUGGAACAACCUCAACUACUGUACAGAGGAAAUGAAACGCCCAGAAAAGGAUAUGCCGAGGGCAAUAGUGAUUGGUAUCUCCCUCACAACUGUGUGUUACCUGUUGGUCAAUGUGGCAUAUAUUACGGUCUUGGGGGCAUCUGGUAUCUUAGCAUCAGAUGCAGUGGCUGUGAGUGUUGGAAACUUGUACCUUGGUCCAGUUAAUUGGCUAAUUCCUGUCUUUGUUGCAUGUUCAACUUUUGGAGCUGUAAAUGGCCUUCUUUUUACUAGUGGGAGGCUGGUGUUUGUUGCUGCACGAGAUGGACUAAUGCCUCGUCUGUUGGCCAUGAUUCAUGUUAAAAGAUUUACCCCUCUCCCAUCUCUAUUUUUUACCACUCUCAUCUCUGUGAUCAUGUUGAUUCCAGAAGCAAGCAGCUUUUCAAGUUUGGUGGAUUUCUUUAGCUUUGCUGCAUGGCUGUUUUAUGGGGGAACAUUUGCUGCUCUUCUGUGGUUGCGAUACAAGAGACCAAACAUGAACAGACCCUACAAGAUUUUUUUACUUGUACCAAUUUCAAUGCUGCUGGCCUCUAUUUACCUGGUAGUGGCUCCGAUCACAACUGAUCCUUGGGGAUCACUCAUUGCUCUGGCGGUCGUCGUAGCAGGUCUUCCUUUUUAUUGGCUGUUUAUCGGCAGUGAUGUUGCCCCAAAAUUCAUCCUCGAUGCUGCAGAUGCAUUCACUUCUUGGUGCCAGCGAGUGGGAAACAUGGCCUUUGAGGAUCCAGACACUCUUCCAGUCCAAGUCUAACUCAAGAAAUUUUAUUCAGUAGUUAAUGUUUCUUCUUUGGCAUUGCUAAAAUGCAGGUUAGCUGGUAAUGAUGAGGGUUAACAUAUUAUUCUAUCUACUAUGCUGUGAUUGCUUGGCAAUUUACAGAAGUCCUGAUGGCAUUAUGGUUUGUUGGCUUAUCUUCAGACUGAAAUGUUUGAGUACUACUUGGGUCAUUGUGGUGUGUUCUUAGGCAACACACGUUACUUUUGUGGUACCUCUGUCCAUCAUUGAGUUUAAAUGCCUCCCUGCCCACUUACCUAGCAUAUGUCUUUCAGCAAUACUACUCCUUAUUUCCAUAACCAUUCUUAGGAUUAGUUAACUUAUGCAGCAGAAUAUUGGCUUCAGUAUUGAAUAGAAUAAAUAUUAUUAGAUUUGACAUUUAGCAAGUAACACCUGGAAUAAGACAUUCAUGAGAAGUGUCCAUAGGGGAGAGAAUCCUCUAGCUAUUUUUUCUUUUAACAUGGAACCAUAGUACAUUUUCCUGUUACUUUGUACUAUUUUCCAGCUGGUACACUUCUUAAUCUUUUACAUAAUGUCAGUAUGCAUCAGUAGUUUUGACGAGAGAACUUGUGUCACAGUUAAGAAGUUAAGUUGCUUAUCAUUUCUGGGGACCUAAUGUUUGAUUCAGGGGUGAUAUUGUUAUGAGAAAUUAUCUGCAAGUCACCCUUAGGAGUCAAAGUGUUAAAGAACUGUGGAGGAUACUUCUGAAAAGUAUCAUAGAUUCACAACUGCUCUUAUACCUGUUACAGGUAGUGUUAAACAUUUGAACUUUUGUUGGAACAAAAAAUUGUUAUAUGAAGGAAAUCUAGAGAUAUUUACAUAUAUUAUUAGAAAAAACCUCACUACACUUUUUGUAUAACAUUCUCUGAAUGAAAAAGUAUGAAAGAGAGAACAAUGCUUACUUGUUCUUUUUCAAGUAUGUAUAUCCUUUGCAAUUUGAUCAGUCCAUCAAUUGUAGUGAAGCUUUAGUGAGAUAGUUAGGUUAUGCUGCUGUUCAAAUUACUACACAAGAAAAAUCUUACGUUUAAAGAAAACCACUGUUAUAAAAUAGUCGUUAGUAACACAUCAGAGCUCAUCUCGCUUUGUGGAGAACGUUUAGCUGGGAUGAAUUUAUAUUAGUUACACAUAAGAAUUCAUUUACCUGCUCUAAGUAGAGUAAGUUCAAAAGAUUUAUUGAAGAAUCUUGUAUAGCUAUGAGUUGUAAGUAAUCCUUCGGCAGGAUUUAAGUUUAGGUGCACUAUGCUGUUAAGUAAUCGUUAAAUGCAGACACUAGUAUAACAAGUGUUA